AUAGAAAUACUGUUCAAUUUGAGAGGGAGGUGAGUGACCAGACUUCGUGGUUCCUGUUUUUCGUGUCGUUCUUUUCGCGGUGGACGGCGAUGAUGAUGCAUGAUUUUCAUCCGCAAGAGUGUAUUCAAUAUUUGUAAGAUAUCGAUAGAUGAGUUUUGGUUUUUCAACGACACACUGAAAUAAAUUGGUUUGUGUUCGCAACACUAUCGUCGAAUGUAAAAACUUCAACAGCAGGAUCCCCAAAACAAGAAUUGUGACAAUAGCUGGACAAAUAGGAGGCUGCGGUUUUGCAAGAAAUUCGCACGACGGACACAGUCGUGGAUGAGGAAGGUGGUCUUCUGGAAAACAAAAAAAGGAAAGAGUCUUCUUGCAGCAGCGGCCUUCUCGCUGGCAGUCCUCUUCAGUUCUGGAGACCAAAUUAGCUCGUAUACUCCUUCUGGCGCUACGCCGCCGGCAGAAAUCAAUGUUUUGAGUAGCCGGGGUGGUGGAAAUGGAGGAUCAUCAGCCGCUGUUGCCCAAACAUCACCAUUGAAAGUGGAUACGAAAAAGAGUAGAAGCGAGCAAGCAAAGACUGCUGUGGCGACGGCUGCAGAUCAGACUUCCAGGACGUUGAAGGAUGCAAUCGAUGAUUUGGGAAAAUUCAUGAGCGGUAAAAGAUCUGAUACGUUGCUGUUGCUCUUGGCCACUGCAGUAAUUACACCACUCUGUAAGAUGAUGGGAACUUCACCGAUCCUUGGGUUCUUAGCAUCGGGUAUGCUUCUAGGGCCCAACGGUUUUGGUUUGAUCAAUGAUCUUCACACAACGGAGGUAUUGGCCGAGCUUGGUAUUGUCUUCUUUCUAUUUGAGAUGGGAAUCGAGCUCAGUAUCGAGCGCUUGUUGAGCAUGAAGCGAGAUGUCUUUGGUUUGGGCUUCAGUCAGUUUCUUUGCUCUGCCUUGGCGAUUGCCGGUGUUGGAAAAGUCCUCGGUCUUCCUGCCAAUGCCUUGGUAGUAUUAGGAGGUGGCCUUGCGUUGUCCAGUUCUGCGUUUGUUUUGCAACUCCUUAAGGACAAGAAUCAGUUGGCGUCUCGAUUUGGAAAGGCUUCUUUUGGCGUUCUUCUCUUUCAAGAUUUGGCCGUGGUGCCGUUGUUGGUCGUCACUCCUAUUCUGGCCGGAGGCGGAAGCGGCUUGGCUGCUGCUCUCGGAAGUGCGGUGUUGAAGGCUGGUAUAGCCCUUGGAUCCAUCGCAGUUGCCGGUCGAUAUGUCGUCAAUCCUUUGUUUAAGAAAGUUGCUGCGGCACAGUCCCAGGAGGCAUUUUUGGGAGUCAUUUUGUUGACAGUUUUGAGCAUGUCUUUCAUGACAGAGGGGUUGGGUUUGAGCAAUACGCUAGGGGCCUUCCUUGCCGGGGUGCUUCUUUCUGAAACAAAAUAUCGAUACCAGGUAGAAGCGGAUAUCGCGCCUUUUCGAGGUAUUUUGCUAGGUUUAUUUUUCGUCACCGUGGGUUUCGAAAUCGACUUGGCUCUAAUUUUUUCGCGCCUUCCAGCUGUAUCUGCUAUCGUUUUGGGGAUUAUGAUCAUCAAGACAGCUGUGUUAACUCUGUUGAGUGUGGCUUUUGGUCUAAGCCUAUCCGUUUCACAGCAGACCGGCCUCAUUCUCAGCCAGGGCGGUGAAUUCGCCUUCGUUGCUUUCGGAUUGGCGAGGUCACUUGGAAUUUUAGAUACACCAACCACAAAACUAUUGCUCACUAGUGUGAGUCUUACCAUGGCGUUGACACCAGCAAUGGCGGCGGUUGGGGAUAGAGUCUCCAAAGCGCUUGAAGAAAAGAGCGAUUUCACUCACUAUCUUGGACAAGAUCGGGAGGCUACUGAAAUCAAGGAAAGCGAUGAUUUCGCCGUCGUUAUUGGCUAUGGAGCGGUUGGAAAAGUUGUUUGUGACCUAAUGGAUCGCAAACUUGUGAAAUAUGUUGGAAUUGAAAUCGAUCCCAAGAAGGCUAUCGAAGCACGCAAUGCUGGACUUCCUGUCUUUUAUGGUGAUAUUGGUCGACAGGAAGUGGCCGAUGCCUUCAAUGUAGGCAAAGCCAAAGCAGUUGUGGUCUGCAUCUCGGACCGAGAUCAAGCAAACCGUGCUGUUAUCGCUUUACGUAGGUUCUACCCCGACGUAAAGAUCUUCAGCCGCGCUAGGGACAAGGAUCAUGCAGAUCGUUUACAGAAAACAUUAAAUGUAGCUGCAAUGGUACCCAUUCUACCUGAAGACAAUCUGCUGUUGACUCUUCCUUUCGGAGGAGCAGUCUUAAAGGCUCUCGGUGGUUCGCCAGAAGAAGUCAAUGCAAUUCUAGAAACGAAACGAAAAGAGGUAAUGAGUGGAAAAUCUCUCGUUGAAAGCGAAGAAGAUAUGGCAUUGGUGCAACUGGGCAUCGAACCCGAAGUAAGAUCAGAAAAGAAAAAGAAAGAUAGCAAGGAUAGCGAAGAGGGUGAAGGAGAAAUGAUGACUGAUAAGUCUGCCGCAGCAAGCAGGAUAGAGGAAAUAAAGGAAAAGAGCCCGUUUGUAGCAGAGGUGAUCGGGGAUGCGUUUCCCGAGGCCGAAAAAGAUGGCGCUGCAAAUCCCGAUAUCAUCGAUGUUGUUGUCGAUGAAGUGAACAAGGACAUCGAUGUUGGCAUUUUGCCUGACAAGAAUACGACAGGUCUAGAAGCCGAGGCCGUACCCACGUCCGACCCAUGAUUUAGCUAGGUUCAAUUAUACAAAU